AGCGAACCAGUGUCAUUGUUUUAGUUGAAAAGGAGAGUGUGGACGAAAAGAUGUGCCUUGUGAUGAAACGGUCCCAUGGGAGACAAUAGUAAAGAUACAGUGCCAUUACAAUGGGUUAUAUGGCUACUAACAUCUGAGUGAAACAGCGCGAGGCACGGCGAGCUAGGCUUCCGAGGGAGGGCCGGGCGGCGAGGAUCCGGAAGGGUGCGUUUGCGAGGCAGGGGAGCCGACGGAGCGCCAGACACCACCUGUUUCCGCGGGCAUCUGCCUCCGCCAUGCCCGCACCUUGAGCUUCCCUCCGCCUUGGAAUAUGAAGGUGUCCGCGUGGGCGUGGGCGGCCGUCGUCGCGGUGCUGGGGGCGGCCGCCAGCGAGGAGCGGCUGCUGCACAUCGGCGGCAUUUUCCCCAUCCGCGGCUCCGGCGGCUGGCAGGGGGGGCAGGCCUGCCAACCGGCCGCCAUGCUGGCUCUGGAGGAUGUGAACAAUCGACCUGAUCUCCUGCCUGGAUACAAACUCAAUCUGGCGUGGAACGAUUCUCUGUGCGAACCGGGCCUCGGCGCAGCGGUGAUGUACGACCUGCUCUACAAUCCGCCCACGAAACUGAUGCUCCUUGGCGGGUGUUCGACCGUCAGCACGACCAUCGGCGAAGCGGCAAAGAUGUGGAAUUUGGUUGUGCUCUCCUACGGGUCGAGCUCCCCAGCGCUGGCCGACAGGAACCGCUUUCCGACGUUCUUCCGCACGCACCCCUCGGCCACCGUGCACAACCCGCUGAGGAUCAAGAUCAUGCAGAAGUACGACUGGUCCCGCGUGGCCAUCCUCCAGCAGGCCGAGGAGGUGUUCAUCUCGACGGUCGAGGACCUCGAGGUUCGGUGCAAGGAGGCCGGCAUCGAGAUCGUGACCCGCCAGAGCUUUCUCUCGGACCCGACGGACGCCGUGCGCAACCUGAAGCGGCAGGACGCGCGGAUUAUUGUCGGUCUCUUCUACGUGGUGGCUGCCCGGCGCGUCCUCUGCGAGAUCUUCAAGAACAAGCUCUACGGCAAGAGCUACGUCUGGUUCUUCAUCGGCUGGUACGAGGACGGCUGGUACGAGCAGCACCUUCAGGAGGAGGAGCUGAACUGCACUCGUGAGGAGAUGCGCUUAGCGGCCGAGGGUCACCUCACCACCGAGGCCCUCAUGUGGAACAAAGACAACCAGAGGACGAUCUCUGGCAUGACUGUGGGAGACUUUAGGCGGAGACUGAACCAGGCGCUCAUCGAUAACGGCCACAGGAAUGGGAGCACGCCGGUGGGAUACCAGGAAGCCCCCCUGGCCUACGAUGCCGUGUGGAGUGUGGCCCUGGCACUCAACCGCACGAUGGAGAGGCUGGCGGCGAGAAACACGUCCAUCGAGGAAUUCACGUACACGAACAAGGAAAUCGCCGAUGAACUCUAUUCCGCCAUGAACGCCACUCAGUUCCUCGGUGUUUCGGGCCGAGUCGCCUUCAGUACGGACGGCGACCGAAUAGCGUGGACCCAAGUGGAACAAAUGAUCGACGGCAAGUACAAGAUCCUCGGCUACUUCGAUGGCCAGACAGACAAUCUCACUUGGUACAACUUGGAAAUCUGGGUCGACGGGAAAGCGCCCCCCGACCGCACCAUCGUCAGGCCGCAGCUGAGGACCGUGUCUCUGGGUCUUUUCAUCAGCAUGUGCACCAUCAGCGCCGUCGGGGCCAUGUGGGCGCUGCUGCUGAUCGUCUUCACCUUCGUGUACCGGCAUAAACGCCUGAUCCAGAUGUCCCACCCGGCCUGCAACAACAUCACCCUGGUGGGCAUCAUCCUCUGCCUGGGCUCCAUCUUCCUGCUGGGUCUCGACGGGCAGUUCGUGAGCGAGCAGAAGUUCCCGAGCGUGUGCGGACUGCGGGCCUGGUGCCUGUCUCUCGGCUUCACCCUCGCCUACGGAGCCAUGUUCUCCAAGAUCUGGCGAGUGCAUCGACUGACUACCAAGACCAAGACUGAGAACAAGUUCUCCAAGAUUUGGCGCGGCCACAAGUUCACCAGGAGGAGACACCAGCCCGUCCAGCGGGUGGAGCCUUGGAAGCUCUACGUGAUGGUCGGGAGCUUCGUGGUCGUCGACGUGAUCGUGCUGGGCGUGUGGCAGGGCGUCGACCCCCAGCAGAGGACGCUCGAAGUUUUCCCGCUCGAGGUUCCCCGGGACACCGUCGAGGACAUCAAGAUCAAGCCCGAACUGGAACACUGUGAGAGCCAUCACAACACCAUCUGGCUGGGUCUGCUCUACAGCUACAAGGGGCUGCUUCUUAUCUUCGGACUCUUCUUGGCUUACGAGACUCGAAGUGUCAAGCUGAAGCAGAUUAACGAUUCUAGACUGGUGGGGAUGAGCAUCUAUAACGUCGUGGUGCUGUGCCUGAUCACCGCCCCCGUCACCCUGGUCAUCUCCUCGCAACAAGACGCCGCUUUUGCCUUCGUGUCCCUGGCCAUUAUCUUCUGCUGCUUCCUCUCCAUGGCCCUCGUCUUCGUGCCCAAGAUCGUCGAAGUCAUGAGACACGUCGAGCGCACCGAGUCGACGGUCGACGGCGCCCCCAGCAAGGAGGAGGAGGAACGCUACCAGAAGCUGCUGCGGGAUAACGAGGAAAUGCAGAGGAUCAUCUCCGAGAAGGAGGAGAAGAUCCGGCUCCUGAAGCUGAAGCUGCAGGAGCGCGCCGCCAUCAGGAGCCGCGAGCAGCAGGCGGCGGAGAACCACGUGACCGCCGUAGACACCGCCCAGCAAAUGCGCCUUCGACAAGAUCCACCUGAAUCAAACAAAGACAAAGAACCAUUAUUUAGCGCGGAUAUAGAGCUGUAUUGUAGUAGUGGCCGUCCUGCAGUGCGAAUAGUGACUCCCGAAGGCCCGGGCGCCGACGAAAGUAUGGUGCCCAGGAUCAACUUCGAUAUCUCCGAGUCCUACUUGUGAAGUGGCGCCAUCGGAGACUGAUCUGGGACCCACUUCGAGGAGACUUACUUCACGCUUGGCUGUCGUCGGCUGUGGUGUCCCAGUGUUCGCGAAGCCGUUGUGACGCAGAGGGUCUUGCUCUUCUUGGGUGUUGGUUUGACGAUAGUUCGAAUCGAGCUUCAGUUCGAGUAGGGAUAAGGCGCUGCGACAUGCGCAGCAUAAACCCCUGAAGAAAAAGUUACGAUUUGUUCACAAUAUGAAGUUCGUCAUAUCGAUGCCCACCGGAGAUAUCAUGGUGUCAUCGAGAGAGAUGCCAAAAUUUGGCUCCAUUUCGGUACCUGUUUGAAUUUUCGCCUAUCCCAUCAGUGGUGAGAGUACAAGAGGCAUUGGCAGUAUCACGGCGGUCCCCAUAACGUUGUCAUAUCCCGAACUCACUGUGCCGUUGUCCCCAUGUCAGUAAUUGCAGACUCGAUUCAAAGCUGAUAAACAAGCUGGUUCUCCAGAUGGAUUUUUCCUGCUUAGGGUCUUUUGCUGCUUCGCACCAGGGCUUGUGACCCGAACUCGUUGCUGCUUUCACACGAGCAGUCCUUGUGGUUGCGAGGGAGCGUUGUCUGUCGUCAUGUAAGGCGUCAGACAGGUACCCGCUUAAUGAUUGCUGAAAUGUUACUGCACAGAGACCCAUGAAGCGCCUCUUGGGAACAGGUAUCCGAGCAAUGCCAUGAGAAAGACCUUAGAGGUAAUUUCACAGUGCGAUCAACUAUGGAUACCAUGUUUCGGUGUCCAUUUGGUUCACAUGUUGGCUGUCUAUGAUAUUGCCGCUCUGCCCACAACUGCCGCGUCCAUGAUAGGUGAUAAACCAUAUAAAUAAAAAGUUACCAUAACAGUACUCAUAAAAAAGCAAAAAAAAAAAAAAAAGAAGAAAGAAAACACAGUAAAUACAAAUAUAAAACAGACACUAUACAUACGAUAGAAACAAGCACAUGCAUCCACAAUCAGUUAAGGUUUAGAACUGUCCUAGUCUGCGCACAUCGUUUCACGUCAACUUAGAAAUAAUACCGAGAAAAUAUACCUAGCCUAUCACACAGCAAGUCUGCCGAUGCUGGCAAGUCAUCACAAAGCUACCUCCUCGUAGAUCGCAAGAUAUUAUGACCAUAAUCAGAAGAAUAAUGCCCUUUUUGAAAGUUAAGACUUCAUCUUAUAGCAUUUUAUAUUAGGGAGAAAAUGAUGGUAUAGGUCAUUAACAAGCUUGGUGGAGAGGAGCAGUGGAAAAUUAAAUUCGAUGAAUGUGUUUUGAAAGUCAAGAUAAUUGUGGUGUGCAUCACACACACAGACACACACACACACACAGACACACACACAGACACACACACAGACACACACACAGACACACACACACAGACACACACACACAGACACACACACACACACACACACACACACACACACACACACACACACACACACACACACACACACACACACACACACACACGAAUAAACAAACGAAUAGUCCUAAACAUAUGAAUAUAUAAACAAACGUUUUUUUGACUGAAAAUUAGUUCCGUUUUUUUCAGUUACGAAUUAUUGUGAUUAUAACUAUCACAUGCACAAAAAAAGCAUUACAGUUUUUAAUGAUUUCUUAUAUUUGUUUCUUCAAAUCUUCAAAUCAACCUUACUUCUAGUUUGAAAUGUCUUCCUUUUGUCUAUUAUUACUACCUUAUUUGUGAAGUAGAAUAUUAUAGUAAAAACAUUGUGGCUAGACUGAAAUAAUAGAAGCAAUUAGAAUACCCGGAAUUACGAUAUAUUUAUAAACUCGUGUAAUAUAAAACCUUCCAGAGAUUGAAUUCAGAUUGCGACGCAAGGAGCUCUCACUGACACACGACCAGAGACCCGGAAAUUCACUGACUUGUUUGACUCUACAAAUCACCUUGUUGACAGUAGUUCCACUUGGCAUAACAUCAGGUCGCUCGUGAUCUUGGAAGACAUGGCCAUCUGCAGCUCUAGUCUAACUACGUAGAGAAUAAGAAAAAUGUACCGUGGCUUGUUUGUGACUCGUGGAAAAUAGUUAUUUCCUUAGUCUAGCAGCACUUGAACCAUUCUAUUUUGCAGAAAUGUUAACAUGAUAUGCAACUGCAGCUGCCAUGAUGAAAUAUCAGAGAAGAGGGCACGCACACUGUUGUUUUUCUUGCGUCCGAGCUAAACUUACGAACUUACUAUUAAAACAUAAUCCACCAUUAAAUCAACCUCAGGUGUGACAAAAUGCAGAUGAAACCUACAAGACGCAUGACCAAACGUAGUUCCAUGGCGGCCAAUUUACUACUGUCAUUUUAACGAUAACCUCUCCUCAUGAUUUGAAAAAGGGUUUAUACCAGGGGUCUCUCGGACUGUGCGCUCCCUGUGUCGGCAGUCUUGCCUCACCGAAACUAAGUACGACAAUAAAAAAAUACCAAAAAAGAAA